AUGGUUUUGAUAAAUGGCGUUAAAUACGCCUGUGAGAGAUGUAUAAGAGGACAUAGGGUCACAACAUGUAAUCAUACGGAUCAACCACUAAUGAUGAUUAAACCUAAAGGCAGACCGUCGACGACUUGUGACCACUGUAAGGAACUGAGAAAGAAUAAAAAUGCGAAUCCAUCAGGUAUGUGUACUUGUGGUAGAUUAGAGAAGAAGAGGUUAGCUCAAAAGGCUAAGGAAGAGGCAAGGGCAAAGGCCAAGGAGGAGAAGAAAUUACAUGAAUGUCGUUGUGGCAGCGAUGAACCUUGUAAAUGUCAUUCUAAUAGACGUAGUAGAACCAGUCAUACUAGGAAAUUGAAGAACACUAAUGUUGGUGGUUCGAGACCCUCGUCUCAACAUCUGGAUUCAGCAAGUAUUGGUGGCAUGGGCCAUGUGAUGUCGCCGGUGUCUAUGGAUUCAAACUCGAGUAUUCAGAAUGGGAGUGCUGGUACUAGUAAUAUUAAUAUCAGUGGUAUUGGUAAAGCUGAACCCUCAUCAUUAUUCCCAUCGGGGUUUUUGGAUACAGGGGAAUCUAAUGGUAAAAUUUCCAAAGACUAUCACCAGGUACCUUCACUUGCAUCAAUUUCAUCGUUACAUUCCGGUCAAUCGCCGUCGUUUGAUCAAAAGUUAGGGUUACCACAGUCGCCUCUGUUAAAUGGUUUGAGUAGAAAUAGUGGGGGAAAUUUUUUCAAUUGGGCUGAUGAUGUUGGAUCUCUUUAUCCUGCAAAAUCGGAUUCCGGUGUUAAUCUAUUGGAAAAUGACAAGCCAAAUUCGAAUGUAAGCGGAAACACAAAUACGAGCAGUAUGAAUAAUUUUCCAGGUGAUUUAGGGGUUGGAAUUUACUUUGGUGUCAAUAACGGCAGCACGAAUGGAAAUGAGAAUGGUAAUGGCGAUGGUAAUGAUAAUGUUAAUGGGAGUAAGAGUAUGAAUACAAAUCUUAAAAUGAAAAAUCCAAAUGCUAAAGUACCGUUUGAUGAGUAUGGUGUUCCACCAGAGAUUAAUACAAAUCAAAGCAAUGAUCCAAGUGGCAACAAUAUGAGCGCGCCUUUAAAUGAUUGGAAUACUGAUAAAAGUCCGGAUGUUGGUAAUAUGACGAAUUUUGCUCAGAAUAAUGGAUUACUUGAUAUUUUCAUGGAUUCUACAACGGUUGCGGCACUUUCCAAGGAUUCUUUGAUGGGACAACAGGAUAAUUUCGAUUUCUUAAACGAAAACAAUAGAACUCAGGGGAAGAUCAAUUCCAAUAUUAAUCCUAGUUACAGCCAUAAUGGUACUAACAAUCAUAACGACAUUAAUAAAACUAAUGGUAAUUUCAUCAACAAUGGUAAUGCUAACCAUAAUCAAUACAGGAAUAGAAUAUGGGCAAGUCCAUUCGGAACCGAUAGAUCUGAUACUGUAAGUGUUGAUGGUGAAAGUAUGAGAAGCGUAGAAGGUGCCUCCUUAGCACCGAGUUUUAUGGAUACUCCUGAAAGAGCUUCAAGUUUACACAGUGCUCAUUCAGUACUGUACCAGCAACCACAUCCACAUAAUCAAGCGCAGAAACAAAUCAAAAGAACCACAAGUGCGAAUAGAGGUUAUAGGUCUCAGCCCUCUGGUAGACCAGCAGUUCCUAUUACAAUUAAUCCUUCAAUGGUUAGUAGUAUCGACGAUACAAUCAGCGUUACGUCUUUACAAAGUCCAGCAAGCUCGCUUAUCGAUAAUAAUGGAUUUUCUACAUCUUUAGGCAAUAGCGGUGAUUUUGGAACUUCAAAUCCUUUAUUUGAAAGGUCGAAAUCACCUCAAUUAGGGCUUGAAGAACUCACCAACACAACGAUUCCCACAACACCUCAAUUUUCCAAACAGCGAUCGAAUGUUAUUCCUUCAACAAAUUCAAAAUUCGAGUUAGAUCGAUUGCUUGGAUUGGAUACCGGUAAUACAAGUGGGUUACCGGAUAAUUCUGCAAUUUCAGAGAGUAAUAACAAUGAUAAUUUAGUUUUCCAAAAUGAUACAGCAACACUCUCUAGUCCUGCGGAUAAAGGUGUGUUCGAGGAAGCAUCACUAAUGAAUGGCAAUCAAACGACUUCGCCGCCAAGUCAAUUAUUCACUGAAAAGGGGUUUGCAGAUUUAGAUAAUUUCAUGUCAACCCUUUGA